AGAAGCUGCUGCAAAUACGAGUUGUUCUUUUCAAAUCCCUUUCUCUACGCUGCCUGUCUGAGUCGGUGCUUAAACUGCCCUUCCGAAGAACUGCUUGAAAACCCUCGUCAUCUUUCCUAGGAGCUCCUUGGCUGUCGAAUAUUGUUGGAUGGCUGACAACCAGAUCCCUUUCUCGUGCUACCCUGGCCGGCAUCGGAAUCUCAGAGAUCCCUUUAGGGAAUCCAGCUUGUCCUCUCGGCUUCUGGACGAUGACUUUAACAUGUCUCCUUUUCCCGGCGACCUGACCGCCAACUGGCCGGAUUGGGCCCGCUCGCCCCUGACCACAGGCUGGGCGAGUCCACUGAGGUCAGGGAUGGUCCGGAGCAGCGGAUUCUCCCCUCCGGGGUACGGCUCUCGCUUUGGGGCUCACCCUGAAGGGGAUCCCUUUGGAUCCAGCCCACCGACCUUCUCGGGAGAGCCCUGGAAAGUCUGCGUCAACGUCCAGAGUUUUAAACCCGAAGAGCUCUCGGUCAAGACCAAGGAUGGUUACGUGGAAGUGUCAGGUAAACAUGAAGAACAACAAGCAGAAGGAGGGAUUGUUUCCAAGAAUUUCACCAAGAAAAUACAGCUUCCGGUGGAAGUGGACCCCACCACGGUCUUUGCCUCCAUGUCCCCCGAAGGGCUGCUGAUCAUCGAAGCUCCACAGAUACCUCCAUAUUGUCAGUACGGGGAUGGCAGCUAUGGCAACGAGAUCCCUUUGGACACCCAAGAAGCCACCUGUGCCUGAAGGGGGUCCUGCCCAAGGCUCUCUCUCCCCCACAAAGUCCCUUCCAUCAGCUGCCUUCAUUCAAAGCCUUCUUCCUUGUAGAUGUCCUGGUCAACCCUACUCUUGAGUGGACUUCUUGAGCUCCCACGUUACACUCGGGGUGGAGGGGAGAGGGUAAUGUUAACCUGGUCUUUGAGGCUUUCAAAUCAGUGGUAUAAAAUUAUACACCUCGGCGAUGCCCUCUCUCAAACAGGAGUGACGUUGAGUCGGAAGGAUUCAGUUCCAGAAAGCUUCUUUGAUCCACCACAUUUGGGGUGGGGGGAGACCUCUUCUGAAAGGUUUUGAGGAAGUGUUGAAGUCAAGAUUGGUCCUUUAGAUGUUUCUGGAUAAAGAUUUAGAGCUGAGACAAAUCCUGAAGAGAGGAAUCCCUUGGCAAUGUGACUUCAAGAGGAAGUCGCUGCUAUGUCAACUUAGCGGCACUGUGGUCUACAUUUCCCACCAUGCCUGGUGUCGGCAUUGCAUUGGGGCAUUGCGGGAAAUGAACAGGCUAGCCUCCACAACUUUCCAAGCCAGGACUUCUUCAUUGUAUGAGGGAGCUACAACAAUCUUUGGUCCUGUGGAGAAGUAUUUAAGGACUCAUUCGCCAUCUAGUUUUCACUGAAUCCAUGUUCAGAAAGGCUCAAAGGUCCCACACCCAUCAUUCUGAUCUAAGCCCCUUUGUGGCUUGCUUCAUCAUCUCACCAAUAAAGAUCCCAACCUUGAAACAAGGAAGUCAUUUUGCCCAAACGUGCUAAGAGAUUGUCUCAAGAUAUCUGGAGAUCUUGUGAAGGUCUCCUGAAAUGUUUGGGUCUUCUCAAAUGGAGAGAUGGAGCAGUUCAGGUGAAGAAAGGUCAUCAGCUCCUGGUUGAGGUCUCACUUCCUAGGUGUAAGCUGAUUCAUAACACAUUUUUUCCCCAACAACCAUUUGUGGUGAUUCCUCUCCUACACCAGGGCUAUCCAACCAUGGCCACUU